GAGGCAGGGGUCGCCGGUGACGAUGAGGAAGGCCGAAGCGUGGUUUCCCUGGCAGAUCCAUGGCAUCCGCGGCUCCUGGGCAGAAAGAAGAGUGGAGAUGAGGGAGAGAAGAAGGAAGGAAGGAGGGGAGGUGCGGUGUGCUAGGCAGGAGCUCGCCAGAGCCGAGCGACGGAGGACGUGCGCUGCAGACGGAGGGAUCCAGAGCCGGCCGGUCGGGCGACAGUACACCAACCAGGCCAGGGGUGGCGUACGAAUGAGGACUUCAUCACCAUCAGGACCUAGCACAUACACAAGUUUGUUGGCCGUUGGAGUUGCUGCACUCGUGGUCGUCGGAGUCUACCACCACGCUCAUGCUCCACAUGCAUGUGGUCUUCAAGUCAGUGCGACGCCCAUGUGGCUGUCCUGUAGCACAGCCAAGUUGACCGACCGUGGGAGCCAGAACCUUGGUGUCGGGCUGACGGCCAUACCGCCUGUGGUUAUCUUGGUGUCGCUGACUGUCAGGACGCCUAUUUCUGCUUCCUUCUGGAUGAACAAGGGAGAUGGACGUGUCAGUAGAAUUUGAUCUGAAUUGAUUGAUCGGCUUGUUUUGAUGGCUUUUUACGACAUGUUUGUUAUGUUUUAGGAUCUUUUUGAAACUGAAAUUUGAAAAGAGCAUGAGUUGUGAUAGGAUUUUAUAUAUUCUUCGGUUGCUUACUGUAAUCUUUUUGAAACCGAAAUUUGAAAAGAGCAUGAGUUUUGAUAGGAUUUUAUAUAUUCUUCGGUUGCUUACUGUAACCUGUACCUUCUGGUCGAUUGAUAUAGAUAGAAUCAUACUGAUUUCCUAUAAUUUCGCUGUUACAAAGAUGUUCUAUUUGUUUGGUUUGCUGUAUUGUGAUGACCAUCAGAAAUUACCUAUAUAUGCUAUUCAUACUGUUAAAUUUAGUUCUAGCGACCCCGAGGAAGUAAUGUGUUGUACGCCUGACACAUGAUUGAGAAUUAACUUGCUUGAAGAUAUGGUUCAGCUCAAACCUCUUUUCCAAAUAUCAAUGGGCUGCUGUUUCUGGAAAUUUUGAUCAACACUCGGAAAAAUGUAUGAUGUACCUUUUUUACUUUGGAGUAUCAGUAAAACUCCAGAAUUGGAGUAUUAGCAUGAAAACUUCAGAAAGUUUAUGUGGUCCUGAUACACACAUCAUGAAGUUGGUAACUGUUGUGGUAUUUAUAUUCAGAUUUGACAGGAAUAAAAACUGAACCUAUUAAAUAGUUAUGUUAAGCUAGAUGGUUUACUCAUAUUCCAUCGCUAGAUGAACUAGCCGCAAGAAGCACGGUUAAAAUUCAGCUCCAUUUGAUUUACAUUCAGAUCAUCUUGCUGCAACACCACUACUUUUCUUGAUAGCAAACAACCAGUUUCAGUCAUCAUAUAUUGCUUUUCUGAUUUGUUUAUUCUAUUAUACCAUAGAUAUCAUAAGAGA